GAGAGUUCAAACGGGAAACAGCGAGUUCUCAACUGGCGGCCGAUUUGAUUUUUCUAAUUUUUACAAAAUGAAAUAAAAUGAUAUCUUUAUAAGAUCAUAUGAUCAGUUCCUAAGUUACUGAUGGAACAAUAGGAAAUUAAGGAGUUAAAGAUGGAGAGCAGUGACAAUCUCAGUGAUUCUUCUGUGUGUUCAGAAGAAAGCAAUUCAGGUGUUGGAACCUAUGGGUCAGUGUCUAAACAGCAAGCCAAUACAGCCAAAAAGCAAAUACAGAAAGAAAAGAAAAAGUUAAAAGAACAAGAAAAACGCAAAGCUAAAAAUAAGCUGACAUCUGAUGACAUCUAUAGUAAGACAUUAGAGUUCAAGACUUGGCUGCUUGAAGAGAAAUCAAUCAACCUCACUUCAUUGUCAGACUCAAAAGCCAAAACCUACUUCAAGAAAUUUGUCAAGAAAUGGAAUGAUAAAAAACUAGACAAGAAAUACUAUAGAGGCAUUGACAGCUGCUCAGCUCCCCAGAUCAAUACCCAACGUGCUAUAUCUCCCAGUCUAUGGCACACAGCACCUCUCAUUGGCCCUUCUAUCCCCCAGAAACCAAGGUUUGCUGGGAUACAUGUCUCCUCCCUUCUCAUUAACAAAUCAAAUGCACAACCAGUAGUUAACUCAACCCAGCCUAGAUCCUUUAUACAAAAUUUAGGCUCAUUUAUAAAUGAUCCAGAAAAUGAAAAAUAUGUUACCCUUCAGGAUACAAAUCAACCAAAGAAUGACUUUUUGGAUGGCUCCACAAAUUUCCCUCCCAGAACUGCUUCUCUUGAUAAAUUUGGUACUUUUGGAAAGACAGUGACAUUAGGAAGGCAGCGUCCAGUACUAAAUCAAGUGUUCAACUCUUCUACUCUUCCAAGGACACACGGAUCUGAAAUGGCCUUAAAAUCUCAAGAAAAUGAUGUGUUGUAUAGUAGACCUACCCCGGUGCCUUGUAUUGAGGUCCCUUGUAUUGAGGUCCCUAUGAGUGUUCAAUCCAGUUUCAUAAAUAGCCCAAAUAGACAUCCCAUCGAGACCCACCUUAGGAACAAUAUUGAUGAGCCAACUCAUACUUAUGCCAAAGUAAAUGUGAACAAAGAGCAGCCCCUCUCCAUAUCUGGGGAUAGUGGCUUGUUCGACAUGCAGGUUGAAAAACCUAUAUCAGAUGAUACCAUGGCUUCUAGAUCCCCACCUGAUGAAACCUCGGUUUCUAGAUCCCCUCUGACAGAGAACAGAGUUGCCUUGGAUUGCUCACCAAGACCCUCUGUGAACUUUAGAGCUAAGUGUGCAGACCCCUGCACAUCAAAACUGGUCAGCCUAUGCACAGUAAAAUUUGAUCAAACUUUUGAAGACCCCUUCACCAAAUCAUCAACAUUGCAGCUGUUGAGUAAGAACUGGGAAGCAGGAUUAGACGAGGCUUCGAAGAGUGUUACAAUAGAUGACACUCCUCAUAACACAAUUUGGAAUAGGACUUCUGGUAUCCACUAUGCAACUGCAACUGUUCCGACUUUCUCAACAUAUGGCGAUCCCGACCCUCUAUAUGCUACUCCCAUUGAUGCCAUAGUGGAUCUUCCUGGCAUAAACAGAAAUGAGUCAAGUGAUGAUGAUGCGAAAAAGCAAGCUGGAGAUGCAAAGGAGGAAGUUGUGGCAGAUUCUUUGAGAGAUAAAAUUAAUGAAGGUCGUCACAAAAUGAAAACAAUCAGUGAUCAUACAAUUGAGUCGCUAGGGGAUGAUACCAAAGAAACCAGCAGUUUGUCAUCACUAGAAACUAACUCAUCUUUCUAUAGCAACAUCUCCAACUGUAUUCAAAAUAGUCAGAGUAACCCUAUAUCCAACUCCAAUGAGUCAUUUACAAGCCUGAAAAGUCAAGAAGCAAGAUCAAAUGCGUCAAAUAGUAGGAAGAACUCAAGCGAAUCCUCAACAAGGCACCUUAGUCAGAGCUCUGAUUCAAGUAUUUCUGUUCAUGGGACCAAGUUGUCUAGCUCCAGUGAUUCUUUGACUAGUUUUAAAAGCCAGGCUUCAAACGCGAGUACAAAAUUGUCAAACUCCAGUGAGUCCCUGACCAGUUUUAAAAGCCAAGCUUCAGAUAGCAGUGCAGCUUCUAUGUAUGCCAACUCUGAGGUUUUCCUCCCAAAUGAGGGUGAAAAACUUGCAAAAUGUGUCAGUCCUUUCAAGGCUCUUGAACCAUCACAAAUUGAUCAACAUAUUGCCAAGCUGAAUUCCCCAAGGAAAUCAAAAGGUGAAGCUUCUCCUUUGAGAAAAGCAAUGGAUGAAAAUUUGGUUUACGUCAAUACAAAUGUAUGCAAUAUUAAUGUAUAUAAGAACCAAAAAGGAGGAUCCUGCUCAUCAUUUAAAACUGAUACUAAAACAGAUCUGAAGCCCAUGAUUGUCGAUGUAAAACCUUCUGAAUCAAAGGCAAAGGAAUCCACACCUGAAGCUGUCUAUCAUAAUACAGACAUUAUCCAACAAGCUGUAAACCAAAGUAAUGCAACUAAAGCUCUCAUUGUACACACUAAUAUGGCAGACCAGAACUUGGGCAACAAAACAACUGAAACAUUAUAUUGUAACACACAAGGAUUAAUAAAUACACAAGAACCAACCAGUGAAAUUAUUAAUUCAGAUACUCGUUUUAAUCCAAGUUGUGUAAAUUCUACAGCUGAGACUGAAACUUCAAUGAAAACAAUGUUUAACUCAUUUGGAAAAAGUGAACCAAUGAUUGUUACACACAAAACUGCUGUUAAGGAGGGCACAGCAUGCAACAUUGAACAAAGGGAAAGGAUGAUACACACAAGGGAUAUUAGUGUAUGCCAGACACAAACACACGCUAGUCUCGCACGAACAGAAAAUUCUGAACAACCAAAAUUUAAGCCCAACACCAUUGGGUCCCCUCUAGUCAUAAAUUCAAAGCCCUCCCUCAAAAGUAAACAUUUCCCCAACUCCCAUGAAAUCCAGCCAAGUCAUUGCCAAACAAUUGCCAUGGAGACCUGUAACAAAUUGUUGAAUGAUCAGAGGAGAAUACAGAAAGAGAAUAUAGAAAACACAAGCCCUGAAGGGAACAGAAAACGCAAGAUUCUGGAUCCACUGAAUUUGUCACAGAUAUCAAAUGACAAACCACAUGAUUACACCAAUAAGCCACAUAAAAGCCCAAAACAAGACAAUGCUGUUCAAGAUAUGAUUGCUCUUGCCAAAGCGAGACAAGAGAAGGAAAAGGCCAAAAUAAAGGAAUUAUUGGAACUUUCAAGGUCACCACGGACACCAACAAAGAAGAAACAUUUAUUAUGGUUGUGAAUCCCAACUUAAUGAUUGAAUCCAGUUGAAACAGCCAUCAAUGUGAACGCUGAACUCUUACACCGCACUUUCUAAGCUGGUGAUUUACGAGGGUCAUCAUAUGUAGAUAAAAUGGAAUAUUGUGAAUUGACAGGCACUUGUGAUUAUAAAUCUCAAAUGUCUGUAUGUGCAUCCCAUUGUUUUGCCAGAGUGCGAAUGAAGAGAUGAUUCAUAGACUGUCUGGAAAUCUUAUAGUGUUUAUAAUGUUUAAUCAAAUGAAUAUGGACUUCAUUAGACCAACAGUAAAUGCUUAAAUGGACAAUGAUCAUGUAGCCUAAAGACAUGAUGGAUAAAUGAGCCUUGUAAAGGUAACGAAACCAGUGUCAAUCAAAUGAUUAGUAGUACAGAUUUAUUGAAUUUAUAUAUAUAUAGCUAUAUUUAUACCAACAACUAAAGACAAACCAUACAUCCUUUCUUUUUUUAAUAUCAGGACGGGAGAUACAAAUGAUAAAUUAGUUAUUAUUUUUUCACAAAACUAAUUUCAUUAGAAGAUAGAAAUGGGAAGGUUCAAGUCAAGAAAAACAUUGAAUUGGAAAUAAUUUGAUUUCAGUCAGUGUUUGAUAAGAUUUAACAAACAGAAGGAGUUGGAUCGGAGCUUCAUUUGAAUUAAUUGCUUGAUAAAAAACAAUAUUUUGAAUUGAACCAGCCCCUAAACCUGAUAAGUGAAAAAAGAAUAUGUAUAUGAUUACCUAAUGAGAUGUCUUUUAAUUUGAAUUGCCACACUAAGCAUAAUCAAAAAUAUCUGUAUGUGUUGGUGGUAGCUUCCAUCAUAUAGCCCAUGGCAUGUAUGGGGUGUUUAGUAUUUUUUUUUGUAUUGUUUUAGAUAAGAGAUUUUUAUUGAGAUUACAGGUGCACAAUUAACUUUUAAGUCAUCUUUCAAAUAAAGUAAAGGGAAAUUAUACAUAAGGGAGCAUGUUAUGUUGGGCUGCCCU